GCGCAUGAGAGUGCUUUCUGGAAAUAGAUCCACAUUUUCAUCCGCGUUAGUGUACGCAGGGGAAGAGGGGAAAAAUAAACGUAGUUUUACAGCAGCGUAAUUGGACAAAAUACACCUCAGUGAGUUUUAGAUUUGAAUUAUUUCUCUCGCCUUCCGCGAUUGGGCAAAUGCAACAUCAUCGCACGUGGACACUGCUAAGCCGAUUCACUUACCUGCUCCCAGAAAUCAAAAGCGAUGUCAACUCUGCCGGACUACGUGGCACAGUAAGACAUGUACAGAAGCUCCGCCCCCUUAGCUUAUCAUUCAUUGCCACAGAAAGGUUUUUCCGUAGGUGUAGAGUGCAUGGAAACAAUUUUUUUUUGUCCUCAUAAAUAACGACGGCAGCGCCGUUGUCACGUCACGUUCUGCAACAUUUCUGUACCGUGGCCGUUGGAAGCAUCGGCCAGAGUCGUGCGUAAGGAACUUCCCACACCUGCGACUUUUCACAGCUCGUUCCUCUGAUUCCUGGAGAGCAAAGUGUUUGCCCGACAAGAGGCGUCAGAUGAGCUUCGAAGUCCUGCGUCUGCACGCCAACCAAGAAGCGCACGCCUUGGACACGCAACUCAUCGAUAACCAUGCGGCGUCGAACGCUAAAGAACUCUUCCUCACCAAUUGCAUCCUUGCCGACCCGGACGAUCUGUACCGAAGCGUACGCUCGUGCUCGGAACUCCAGGCCUUACGGUGCGUCGCAUCCACACUCAGGCCUUGCGAUCUGCUCACGUUGAUGUUGAAAAGGCUUCCGCAUCUCAUGGAAGUCGAGUUGUCGCUCGUGUCCGAAACGGGCGUGGCCUGGGAGACAGGGAACAUGGAAGAGAUCGCGUCGCAGAACCCGGACGCCAAGGCUUACAACCUGUGCCUCAUGUACGUGGAAAUCGGCGGCACCCAAAACUUACAGCUCCUCAAGGUGCUUCUGAACUUCUGCCCGAACCUGACCAGGUUGCACGUGCACUUUGUAAGCGGAAACUUGGGCAAGGCGAUCGCCGAGUGCCGCUGUAUCCUCGAAGCGCGCCCCCGUUUGAAAACGUUCACGUUCUCGUCCGAAAUGACGCCGACUUCCAUUGAAUUUCGACCAGUGGGGCCACUUGGUUUCUCCAGUUAUGCUAACUUCUGCGCCAACGUCACCUACCAGAGGUCCCCCAAAUCCUGGAGCUGCGCUCAACUCCGCGACGUGGCACACAACUGGAAAGAAGGCCGCACCCUGCCGACGCAGCUUGUCCUGGUCGCCAUUGACGACGAAGACCUCAUGGUGGAAUGGAUUCGUAUGGCCUGCCACAGGCACAUCUGGACCUUCGUCCGCCAUCUCUGUCUCCUGAAGUUCCCGGCAGAACUCUCGAGCGCGAACAAGCAAACGGGAGCUGGCGCCACGUAUCACGACACUCUACGCCACUUCUUCUCGACUGCCGCCAAGAACGUCGUCGAGCUUAACGUGAGCUCGUUUCACUUCGGCCCCGACCUCGACCUGACGCAACUUUUCCUGCGAGAUGCGUUGAAGUUCCUACAGUCGCUCUCCGUGUCACCCUGCGGUCUUAGCCACCCGUUAGCGCUGAAGCGUCUGGCACAGAGCUGCCCCGGCAUUGAAGACCUGGACUUGCGUGUGGACAGACGGGGCGGCUUGAUCUGGUGUUCCAUCUGCGAGAGCGAGUUCCGCUUCGAAGCCGAACAGAUGCGGCUCUUUUGGCGUACUGGCCCCUACUCACGUAAUCAGAGACAACUGGCUAGACUGACCCUUUGCGACUUGCCGAAGCUGGCCUCUCUGCAGUUUCUCGAGCUGCUGCAAUGUCACUACACUGCGUCUGUCCAACUGUCUCAGUCCGCUGCACGCGGACUACAUGAGUUUGGGCCGGUUGCUCGCUAGAAACGGCGAGCUGCGCUUCUUGUUGCUUCGGGACGACGCUCUGCCGCUCGGCGAAACGUCUUUGCUGGCUAACCUGUCCCUCAUCGACAGCCUGGAGUACCUGUGCCUUCUCUCGGCGAAGCCAGUUUCGAAUCACGUGGCCUGCAAGUUUGUGCUAGAGCUCGCUGACAAGCUGUCGCAGCUGGAGUGCCUGCACGUCCACUACCGGGUCGCCGAAGACGCACCCGAGCAGCGAGUCACGUGGAUUCGACGAGAGGGCGCUGCGAGCGGCGGCGAUGCCGGUUCUGUCUUGAUUCGAAACUGCGCAUGCGUCCUGUGCUCCACCGCAACGUUCAUAGGGCUCGUCAAGCCGCGUAAUCGUGAUAUCCGGGUAGGCCUGUAAAAAGAAAGCGGGCAGGACACUGUUUUUUUGUUCAAAGUUUCUCCUUUUGUAUCGUAUCGUACAACCGCCCGAUUCUUGGCCCAUCGACCUUUGUGGGCACGUCACGUGUGCCGAGGUUUAAAGGAGCAUCAUCAGCGUCAUCGACAAGCGCUCUCUUUGUAAGGCUCUAUGUUGGUUUUAUUAUAGUGUUAUAUUGACCUAUUCAAAAUGUAUCAUUACUGUUUCUUUUUAGACUAUGACUAUUUUGCUCACUUUUACCAGAUUUGACCGUGCCGGAUUGAGUCAACAGGUCACAAUGCGUCACUCGGAUGCCGGUUAGGCUAUCGAAUUCCUUAAUCGUCGAAGGAAUGUCCAGUGAAGAGGCAAGAAGUGAAGCGUGCGUUUUCCUCGUGUGCUGACUAUGGACGCGUGCCGCGGAGUGACCGGCUCUUUCUGCACCCCUGCUUUAUUUGAUUUACAGUACCUACAUCCCGCACUAUCUUUUGUCCAAGCUAGCCAGGAUGUUGAAGUGCAUAUUGACGCCGACGAGCACUGUCUUUUUCGCCUGAUCCCGGGACGUUGCGCCCAACUUAACAAAUCUCAUUUGUGUGCAUCUCGAGUUCUGGCUUGACGGGCUGUCGUUUUUCUUGAGAGUACUGUAUAAUCAGGGCUUGUUGUUUUCAACGCUCUUAUUGUUUUAUGUACUUGCGUCGUAACCUCUCAUCGACUUCCUUUUAUCCUGAUGCCGAGUAGCAGACCAGAGGAGUCAAGCUCAGGCCGACGUCAUUGCCAUUUUUUUUUAGCUUUAGUUUUUUACGUGGGACUGUUGCCUAGCGGUGACACACCAGAAAAUUAUUUUUUUUUUCUUGCCGAGUUUCAGUUAAAAGCACGGAGUGUCUGGCUAAAUGUCUAAGGCCAACGCUAGAUCGUGGGCAGCAAGCGUCAUUUACCGGAUUUGGGCGGGAACAGAGGAUGACGAAGUUUGGCACGCGAUUGUUGUUGUUGUUACCUCAAAAAGGGGAUUGUUCUUUCCGCAACCUAA